AUGUCUCAACUCCACGUCAUCGUCUACAUCGAGACCGAAUCCAGCGCCUUGCCCGACUUCGUCGUGACCGUCUCUACCUGGGCCAGCGGCACCAACACCAUGUUGCUGAACUUCGCCAACGGCUCAUACAUCAGCUCCAACAUCACAAACCCCAACAACGACCUACACAACAACGUGUGCGUCAACGUUGCGAGUACCCAACACGCCCCACCCCACGUUGCCAUCCAAACGGCUACAUUCAACGAAGCCAUCGCAGACGAAAGUAUCAAAGGUUUCAGGCAUCAAAAGAUUGCCGGCAAGCACAAAUACUUGCCUGACAUUAACUCCGCGGCGUUCUUGGACGCGGAUCAGCAAGGUUGCGCGUGGUACGUUCGUGUGGCUUUGGAUACUUUGCAGGUUAAAGACCAAAUAAUUUCGACGAUGGUUAACGGCAGGACGCUCUCUGUGCGGUCAUUUGCCUAGUUGUGAGGACUGAUCAUGGGGCUUAGAAGGUAGAUGCGCAAGUAGCAGAAAAGACCAAGAAUUCAACACCAAUCUCAAUAUCAUAUG